ACACUGGAAUUCUUGAUGAGACACUUGUCUCUUCUAGCUGACUAUUGUUCCAUCACAAAUAUGCAUGCAAAAAACCUAGCCAUUGUUUGGGCUCCAAACCUGUUAAGAUCAAAGCAGAUAGAGUCUGCCUGCUUCAGUGGAACUGCAGCUUUCAUGGAAGUGCGAAUUCAAUCUGUGGUUGUUGAAUUCAUCCUCAAUCACGUUGAUGUGCUCUUCAGUGGCAAAAUCAGCGUGGUCAUGCAAGAAGGGGCAGCUUCUUUAUCGAGACCCAAGUCUUUGCUGGUAUCCUCCCCAUCCACCAAGCUGCUGACAUUGGAGGAAGCCCAAGCACGAACACAAGCUCAGGUCAAUUCUCCAAUUGUGACUGAAAAUAAAUAUAUUGAAGUAGGAGAAGGACCUGCUGCACUUCAGGGAAAAUUUCAUACCAUAAUUGAGUUUCCUCUUGAAAGAAAGAGGCCUCAAAAUAAGAUGAAAAAAUCCCCUGUGGGCAGCUGGCGUUCCUUUUUCAACUUGGGGAAAUCAUCAUCUGUUUCUAAACGAAAGUUGCAGCGUAACGAGAGUGAGCCUUCAGAGAUGAAAGCCAUGGCUCUGAAAGGUGGCAGAGCAGAAGGAACCCUCCGCUCAGCUAAAAGUGAAGAGUCUCUUACAUCUCUCCAUGCAGUUGAUGGUGAUACCAAACUCUUCCGACCCAGAAGACCCAGAUCUAGCAGUGAUGCACUGUCUGCUUCUUUUAAUGGAGAAAUGCUGGGGAACCGUUGUAAUUCCUAUGAUAAUCUGCCGCAUGACAAUGAAAGUGAGGAGGAAGUCGGGCUGCUCCAUAUUCCAGCCCUAAUGUCUCCUCAUUCAGCUGAGGAUGUUGACUUGAGCCCACCAGACAUUGGAGUAGCCAGCCUGGAUUUUGAUCCAAUGUCAUUUCAAUGUAGUCCUCCUAAGGCUGAAUCAGAAUGUCUGGAGAGUGGUGCUUCCUUUCUAGAUUCAUUAGGAUACUCCAAGGAUAAAUCAAGUGCCAAUAAAAAGGAUGUAGAAGUGGGUGGUAGUCAGUCUCAGACUCCAGGAAGCACUGCAAGUUCUGAACCUGUCUCUCCUCUUCAGGAGAAGCUGAGUCCAUUCUUUACCCUGGACUUGAGCCCAACUGAAGAGAAAUCAUCUAAGCCAUCCUCAUUUACUGAAAAGGUCGUCUAUGCUUUCUCUCCGAAGAUAGGACGGAAAUUAAGCAAAUCGCCUUCUAUGAACAUAUCUGAGCCAAUUUCAGUGACCCUUCCACCUCGAGUGUCAGAAGUCAUCGGUACAGUCUCAAAUACUACCGCUCAGAAUGCAUCAUCUCCAACCUGGGACAAAAGCAUUGAAGAAAGGGAUGUCACAAAUAGAUCCCCCACCCAGAUAGUAAAGAUGAAAACAAAUGAGAGAGAGGCCCAAGAAGGAUGUGAAUCUGAAGUCCAGCCCCUGGACCAGGGGGCUGCUGAAGAAGUAGAAUUGCCAGGGAAAGAGGAGCAGUCUGUCUCAAGCAGUCAGAGUAAGGCUGUAGCUUCUGGACAGACUCAGACAGGAGCAGUUGCCCAUGACCCCCCUCAGGAUUCCGUUCCUGUCAGUUCAGUCUCUCUUAUCCCACCACCACCGCCUCCGAAAAAUGUUGCCCGAAUGUUGGCGCUAGCAUUAGCUGAGUCUGCACAGCAAGCUUCAACCCAGUCUUUGAAGAGACCAGGGACUUCUCAGACUGGUUAUACAAAUUAUGGAGACAUAGCCGUGGCUACAACCGAAGAUAAACUGCCCAGUUCUUACUCUGCUGUUGCUCUAGAUAAGGCCUAUUUCCAAACGGAUCGACCAGCAGAGCAGUUUCACCUCCAGAAUAAUGCACCAGGAAACUGUGACCAGCCUCUGCCAGAGACAACAGCUAUUGGAGAUCCUAUCCAUUCCAACACAACUGAAUCUGGGGAUCAACACCGCCAAGUAGACAUGCCAGGGAAUCAACCACAUCGAACCUAUUUAUCUGGGGACCCAGAAAAGACCAGAAUUACUGCAGUUCCCUUAGCAGACUCAGAAAAAUCUGAUGAUCAUGUAAGUUUCCCUGAAGACCAGUCUGGGAAGAACAGUAUGCCGAACGUCUCCUUUGUGGAUCUGGACCAGUCUCCACUCCAUUUCCACAGUGGAGAUCAGCUUCCUUCUUAUCUUGGUGCAAGUGUGGAUAAGCCUCAUCACCCUUCAGAACUUGCAGAUAAAUCUCUCACACUUAAUUUGCAUAGGGACAAAAUUUACCCUCCUUCUGGAUCCAUUGCAGACAAAUCUCCCACACCUUCUAAUUUUCCUAGAGACAAUACCUAUCCUCCUUCUGGGUCCCCUGAAGAGAAUACCAGCAUAGCCACUAUGACUUACAUAACAGCUACUCCAGCAACAACUGAAAUGAGCACCAAGGAAGUCAACUGGGACGUGGCUGAACUACCCGCUGCUGCUGACUUUGCUGUUGCCACCCUUCAGCGCACACAUAGAACUAAUCGUCCCCUUCCCCCACCUCCUUCCCAGAGAUCAGCAGAACAGCCGCCAGUUGUGGGGCAGGUGCAAGUAGCAGCCAGUAUAGGAUUAAAUAAUUCUCACAAGAUUCAAGGAAUAGUUCCAGCUCCAGAGAGGCCACCUGAACCUCGAGCCAUGGAUGACCCUGCAUCUGUCUUUGUCAAUGAAGGUGGUACAGCUGCUCAGUGUCCCAUGGCUCCUGCUCUCCAGCCAGGCCUGCCUGAGAAAGUACGGGAUGGUGCCCGGGCCCCACUACUGCACCUGCGUGCUGAGUCUGUCCCUGUGCACUCCUGUGGCUUCCCUGCACCAAUGCCCCCCACCAGGACGAUGGAGAGCAAGAUCGCUGCUGCCAUACACUCCAGCAGUGCGGAUGCCACCAGCAGUUCAAAUUAUCAUUCCUUUGUCACUGCUUCAUCUGCCUCUGUGGACAAUGUGUUGCCUUUACCACUUCCUAUCCCACAACCCAAGCAUACUUCUCAGAAAACAGUUUACCCAUCUUUUGCUAGGCCUGAUGUCACCACUGAGCCCUAUGGGCCAGAAAACUGUUUGCAUUUCAGUAUGACUCCAAACUGCCAGUACCGUCCCCAGAGUGUUCCUCUACAUCACAAUAAAUUGGAGCAACACCAAGUGUUUGGUGCCAGGUCAGAGCCACCAGCCUCCAUGGGUCCUCGUUAUAACACAUAUGUAGCCCCAGGAAGAAGUAUGUCUGGACACCACUCCAAGCCAUGCAGCCGGAUCGAAUAUGUAUCUUCUUUGAGCUCCUCUGUUAGGAGUACUUGUUACCCUGAAGAUAUGCCACCAUACCCUACCAUCCGGAGGGUACAGUCUCUCCAUGCCCCACCAUCUUCCAUGAUUCGCUCUGUUCCCAUUUCACGGACAGAAGUUCCCCCAGAUGAUGAACCAGCCUACUGCCCAAGACCUCUGUACCAAUAUAAGCCAUAUCAAUCCUCCCAGGCCCGCUCAGAUUAUCAUGUAACUCAGCUUCAGCCUUACUUUGAGAAUGGACGGGUCCACUACCGGUAUAGCCCAUAUUCCAGUUCUUCUAGUUCCUAUUACAGUCCAGAUGGGGCCCUGUGUGAUGUGGAUGCCUACGGCACAGUCCAGUUGAGACCCCUUCAUCGCCUACCCCAUCGCGAUUUUGCUUUCUAUAAUCCUAGGUUGCAAGGAAAGAACUUGUACAGUUAUGCCGGUUUGCCUCCACGUCCCCGGGCCAACAUGACUGGCUAUUUCUCCGGUAAUGACCAUAAUGUAGUCAACAUGCCUCCAACUGCUGAUGUAAAGCACACCUAUGCCUCAUGGGAUCUUGAGGACAUGGAAAAGUACCGCAUGCAAUCUAUCCGCAGAGAGAGCCGUGCUCGGCAGAAGGUGAAAGGGCCUGUUAUGUCCCAGUAUGAUAAUAUGACCCCAGCUGUUCAAGACGACUUGGGGGGGAUCUAUGUCAUCCAUUUGCGUAGUAAAUCAGAUCCUGGGAAAACUGGACUUCUCUCAGUGGCAGAGGGAAAGGAAGGCCGACACCCAGCAAAGGCCAUCAGUCCUGAGGGAGAUGACCGCUUCUAUAGGAAGCAUCCCGAGCCAGAGUUGGAGAGAGCACACCACCAUGGAGGAUAUGGCAAUACUCACUCAGAGAAACCAUCCCUCCCUCAGAAGCAGAGCAGCCUGAGGAACAGAAAGCUUCAUGACAUGGGAUGUAGUCUUCCUGAGCACAGGGCACACCAGGAAGCAAGCCAUAGGCAACUAUGUGAGUCAAAAAAUGGGCCACCUUUCCCCCAGGGAGCUAGCCAAUUAGAUUAUGGGUCCAAAGGGAUUCCAGAUACUUCUGAGCCAGUUAGCUACCAUAACUCUGGAAUGAAAUAUGCUACAUCAGGGCAGGAAUCUUUGAGACUGAACCACAAAGAGGUGAGGCUCCCCAAAGAGCUAGAGCGGCCUUGGGCUAGGCAGCCUCCUGCCCCAGAGAAACACUCCAGAGACUGCUACAAGGAGGAAGAACACCUCACUCAGUCAAUGGUCCCACCCCCUAAACCAGAGAGGAGUCAUAGCCUAAAACUCCAUCAUUCCCAGAACGUGGACAGGGACCCCAGUAUGCUGUACCAAUACCAACCACACGGCAAGCGUCAGAGCAGUAUAACUGUUGUGUCCCAGUAUGAUAACCUGGAAGAUUACCACUCCCUGCCUCAGCAUCAGCGAGGAGUCUUUGGAGGGGGAGGUAUGGGGUCGUAUGUGCCCCCCAGCUUUUCCCAUCCACAAAGCAGGACAUAUGCUACAGCUUUGGGUCAAGGGGCCUUCCUGCCCACAGAGUUGGCCUUGCAGCAUCCUGAAACACAGAUCCAUGCAGAAUGAGCCCUGGGAGCAAUAGAGUUGAAGCAGCCUCUGCUGGACAGUGGACUGUUCUAUUUUUUUUCAAUAACCAAAAAGAUUAAAACACAAACAAAGCUAUAAAACCCCUGACCACAUUAAAAAAACAAAAGCAGAAUAAAGGUAAACAAUCACCUUUUUUCCCCUUCCCUGCUUCAUUACCACCUCUUCCAUCUAUAGACUGUGUCAUUUUUGUCUUAAAAAAAGGUCUGAAUGAUGGUAAGCACUGUGUUGAAACCUAGUAAAGAAAUUUGUCACAGACCGUACUUGCCAUAUAGGGCUAAUCUGUAAGAGCCUGAGGACUGCCUUUAACUAAAUUUGAGUUUAACUUUGUCCUUUCUUCUUAGUAUUUGCGACAUAAUUCAGAGCAGUUCCCAUCUAUUUCCUUGGCUUUUGCAUUCACUGUUGUGUUCCUGUUUCUUCAGUAGUUGUACAACUUGCCCAGAUAGGCACUCUAUUCUCACUUUGUUCUCCCUGUCUGAGAAGGGUUUUGUGUUCAAUUAGCACGGAGGAAAAAACCUCCCUGACCCUUCGAGAUAAGUCAGUCAGACAAUUAGCAACAUUAUAAUUACAAAUAAGGAAUUAUGACUUUAAAUUAAGCAUUUAAUAGUGUCAUAAAAUGUCGGACCAUUUAGACUCAAGCCAAACCAUACUCUUUACAUUCUUAUUUUUCAUCCUUGUUCCUCACAGUUCAAUCAACAGGCUCCUAUCACUGCAGAAAGGAUUUUGUUAAAGUUAGAAUUUAAGGAAACUUCUUUGGUGGAAGGAAGUAUAAAAUUCUUACUAUCAUUGAAUUUUGUCAGCACCAGAAAACUUUAUCAGUGCUUUUAAUGUGUCGUCUGCCUUCAAGUUUUCUUCCUCUCAAAUAAUAUUUGGUAAAUUGCAGUUCUAGUAAGACAUGUCAUACCAUUUGUUUUCCUAAAUUAGCUGCUUUUUUCAUUAAAGAAAGCCAGCAUGGUUUGACAGAAUAAAUACAUAAUUUAUUACUAAUGUACAUUUACAUGUUUCUGUUUUUAAACUAGAGUACAGGUUCCCUGGGAAUUAGUGGCUACUAAUUAUCUGUUAGUAAACUGAAAGUUUCUGCAAUACCCACUUAGUACACAGCCUCAUUUCACUGGUUAUCAUUUCCGUCCUAAGGCAUUGCAUGUCUUUUGCUUACUCUGUACUUGUGUGGUCACAGUCUUACUGUAAUUGCCAUCUACACCAGCAUUUCAGAUAUAGCUCUUUAGAACUCUGUAGACAUGGUAUACAUGUUUAACACCCAGGACUUUUUAAAGUUGCAUUCCUUAUUAGAGGAGGAAAACUCUAGCUCAACUCCAUUCUGUUUUCUCAGCCCACUCCCCACAGUGCAUCCAAGAAGCAAGGCAGUCCUGUGUUUACAAAAUGAGUUUAGAUUGUCACUUCAUUCCACAACUCUUAAUAAUAUUCAAGUUUUAUACAUUCACAUAUUUUAAAUGUUCCGAUAUAGGAGAAUUUCAUUCCAUUUACUAGAUGGUUUCUGCUCUGGCUUUUUAGAACUUGGAAUUUUUAUUUAGAGCAAAGGAGGAAAUAUUUUUAAAAGGCUAAAAUCAUGCUGCUAUUAUUGCUGUGAAAUUGUAUAAAGAUUAGGAUUCAUGCCAAUUUUUUAAUUUAAAACAAUCAUGAGAUUGCAUUUUAAGGGUUUAUAUUUAGAAAAAUAAAAUGUGUUAAGAACACAUUUAUAAGUGGAAAUACUCUAUAAGGUUUUCUUGUUCCCCAAGAAUUGAUCAGAGGGAUGCAGUAAAGACCAUAGUAGGAGUCUUGAAGCACCAAUAUGUAAAAUGUCUGUGGAAGCUUAGGCUCCUACAUUAAAAGUACCAACCCAACUGGUAUAUAGUCAAAGUAUUAGAAAACCUGAUAGGAUACCUCCAUUUGGCACAAAAACACACUGGGUGCUACAUACAGGAGUUUGAUCUCUGGUGACUAUGCAGCACUAAUUUUUUUUUUUACCUUAACCAUCUUUUAUGUCAAGUAGGCAAUCCAUUGCCCCUUGGAGGCCACACUAGCCCUGUAGGUUCUCACCAGCAGCAUGGAGGUUAGGAGGAGGGGCUGGUGUGACCAGGAGAUAAACAUGACGUUCGUACCUGAGAGCUCAAAGCAAGUGGUGCAAGAAGUUUUCCAGUUUUAAUAUUUGUGGAUUUGUUGUCACACACAUUGUUUCGUCUGAAACUAUAGUUUGUUUUAUAAAUAUGAAGACUGAUGCCUCAGCAAUUUCUUUUUUAAUAACAUCCUAUGGGUUUAGAAAUAAGAGGUAAACAUUUCAAAUACAGGAUGAUGAUUCAAAUUACUGGUAUAAUCAUGAAACACAAACUUUAGAUAAAAUCGAGAGUUGUUUCAUUUAAUGUAUGUGCAACAGCCUUAACUUUGGGUUCAGUUAUUUGAAUGACUUUGCCUGAAUCUUUCCCAUUCUAAAAUUGGGUAGAAAUUGGAUGGCAAAUCACUGUGAGCCAGUUACCUCAGCAUAGUUCACCGUGUGUGUGACUUCACAAAUAUAGUAAUUGAAUGUUAUUACUUUCAAAUUUUGACAUGAAGCAUUAUGAUCAAGGAAAUGGAGUUGCCUUAUGCAUUAAACCCAUAAUUUAAUUCUAUCGACAUUUUCAUAGUCAUGCCUCCAGAUUUUAUCUUUUUUGGCAAAAUUUUGAUUCCACAGUUUGGUUUGACUGAAAUAAAUAUUUCCUGGAUGUCUGGCUAGAAACUUUGCUAACAACCCCAGAGGUGCCAUUUUCUUAUUAAUAAAUUUCAUCUGAGCCUUACUUCUUCCUGUAUUCAAUUUCCUUUCAUACAUGCAAGUCCCUGGGAUGGUCCCAUGGGUAGGGCAUGCACAUUUCUUAUAAUAACAAAGCAUUUUAAAAAAUUUAAGGUCAGGUUGAAAAAUUCUAGGACUAAUUCUGCAAAGAGGAGGGACCGUUAACAGGCGUGAGGAUAGAAGAGUAGGUUAUCACAUUUGCAGCAGCAAUAGAUGAAUAUGAUGUAAAUUUGAGAUUUGUCUUGCUAGUUGAAGAAAGAGCCUACAAAAUCCAUUUUUCUGUUUUCAGCUUGUCAGUCACCCAUUCAGUAUGUUGGCAAAGUACCGCCUGAGCAGAGUGUGUAAGGAAAUAAUAAUGAAAGCAAAAGUAUGUCAGAAAGUGACUUCCAAAUGGUUGAAGGCAUGUGAUUUUCAGCACGGUGUGUUACAGAAAUGUCAAGAAUGGUGUAUUUAAUAUGUGCAAGAUAAUGUCAAUGUGCACAGAGGGUCUUUAUUUCUUAUCUAAGUAAUACUGUUAAUGUUCAAGAAUAAAAAUGAUUGUUUUACAGUUUAGAUUCUGAGAUAGCAAAACCUGAUUUUUCAGCCAUGACCUGCAUGAGAGAAGCAUCUUAGGAAGUCUUAGAUCAUACUUUUGAGUUUUUAACUUUAAUUUAUAUAGUUUUUUAUGUUUUAAUAUUUUUGUGAACUGGUGUAAAUUGUUAAUGCAUAUAAGCUUGUGUAUUUUUGUAAAUAGUUUUGUGAUUUAUUUCUUGCCCCAUAUGUAAAUAUUUAGAAUCUCACUUCUUCCAGACUUAUUUGAAGCCGAGUUGUGGGUUUUGGGUUUUUGUUUGUUUCUUUGGUUGGUUGGUUGGUUGGUUGGCUGGGGGUGGGGGGUUGGGGAAGGAUUUUGUACCUGGAGAUGGAGAUAUCUUGUGGUUUAAAGCAAUUGUCCCACUGAAAGAAAUUCAAAUAUCAACAGAAUUAUUUCAGGUUAAAACAGA